UGAGUGUACAGUAGUUUUAGCCUGUGAGGAAGCGGAGGGAGCUGGAACUGGAUCUGUGUUGUUUGUGUUUGUCCGGGUUGGAGUUUCUCUCUCUCGGUUAGUUUAUAUUCCAUUAAACGCGGUCGGUUGUCCGGCGGAGCGGCGGGGGAAGCUCUGCGGCGGAUGGUGGACUCUGGGCGGGUGUGUGUGUGAGGAGGAGCCGGGGCGGCGGAGGAGCGGCUGGGCUUGUUUACAGUGGAUCAGCUGAUGAGUCUGGUUUUGCUCUUCAGAAAAGUAUCAGCAGAUCUUCAGCUUUACUGCUGUUAAACUGAUCAGCCCUCACCCAGCCUCACCUACACUAAUGUGCUGGUACAGUGAAUAAACCCUCUAUACUGUCUUCUGGAGAAGAUGCCGUGCACAUGUGGGAACUGGAGGAGGUGGAUCCGGCCCCUCGUGGUGCUCCUCUACAUCCUGCUGCUCCUGGUGGUCCUCCCGCUGUGUAUAUGGGAGCUACAGAAAUCAGAGGUUGGCACCCACAAUAAAGCAUGGUUCAUCGCUGGCAUUUUCGUCUUUAUGACGAUACCCAUAUCACUGUGGGGUAUCCUUCAGCAUCUGGUGCAUUACACCCAACCUGAGCUACAGAAGCCCAUCAUUAGGAUAUUAUGGAUGGUUCCAAUAUACAGUUUGGAUAGUUGGAUUGCACUGAAGUACCCCAGUAUCGCUAUCUACGUAGACACGUGCAGAGAGUGCUACGAGGCUUACGUCAUCUACAACUUCAUGAUCUUCCUGCUGAACUACCUGGGGAAGCAGUACCCCAGCCUGGUGCUGAUGCUGGAGGUUCAGGAGCAGCAGAGGCAUCUGCCCCCACUCUGCUGCUGCCCACCCUGGCCCAUGGGAGAGGUGCUGUUGCUGAGGUGUAAGCUGGGUGUUCUGCAGUAUACAGUAGUGAGACCCGUCACCACAGUCAUCGCAUUAAUUUGUCAGCUUUGUGGAGUGUACGAUGAAGGAAACUUCAAUUCCAAAAAUGCCUGGACGUACUUGGUGAUUGUGAACAAUGUUUCUCAGCUGUUUGCCAUGUACUGCCUGGUGCUGUUCUACAAGGCUCUGAGAGAAGAGCUGGGUCCCAUCAAGCCGGUGGGGAAGUUCCUCUGUGUCAAACUUGUCGUGUUUGUGUCUUUCUGGCAGGCUGUGGUCAUCGCUCUGCUGGUGAAAGUGGGAGUGAUUUCAGAGAGACACACCUGGGACUGGGACAGUGUGGAGGCUGUGGCCACUGGACUGCAGGAUUUUAUCAUCUGUGUAGAGAUGUUCCUCGCAGCCAUUGCUCAUCACUUCAGCUUCACCUACAAGCCUUACAUCCAGGAAGCAGAGGAGGGCUCCUGCUUCGACUCCUUUCUGGCCAUGUGGGAUAUAUCAGACAUCCGGGCCGACAUCUCGGAGCAAGUACGCAACGUUGGGAGAACGGUUAUGGGCCGUCCGAGGAAGAGCUAUUUCAGUGAGGAGGCUGAGGAGGAUGAACACACUGGGCUGCUUUCGGACCCUGGCCUGGACGCUUCGUCCACACCCCCGUCUCCAUCGGGACGUUACCAUGGCCUGGGGCGCACCGCCACGCCCCACUCUUACUCUGCUCCUGCUGAGCUGUGCUCUGCGCCGUGGGACGGAGACGUGGAUGACAUCACACCAACCGUGGUGUCUGGUGACGGUAGUAAACAGCUGCACACAGACUAUGCUGAAAUCACUUAACGGAAGGACGGUCACAUGCUACCAAAGCUAAAGCAGAUAGGGCACAUUGAGCUGAAUGAGCGCUGUCUGCUGGAGAAUCUGCUGAAGUGAGUGAAUAAUCUCGACCCUAGCAUCCAAUAGCCGACUCACCGCAGACCUGAUGUUCAGACGUGUCCAUCAGGUAGGUGUUGGGUGAAGCUUUAGUAGCUGGGGCUCACCAUCCAAACUAGACUGUCCAUUUUUCUCAUGCCAUUUUAGUUUUUAUGAUGAGACAUGACCAAAAAACAUGCAAGAUUAAGCACAUUAUAGUCACAGGCCCAAUCCCAUUUAUUAUUUUAUCCCUACCACCUAUUUUUACAUGUGCCUCUUCUCUUUGGAACUGAGUAACAAGGGGAAGUGGUUUGAAUUUUUUCCUCCUGCGUCCAGUCAGCUGUACUGUAUUGUCAACAGUAGGGCUGCACGAUAUAUCAUUUAAACAUCGUCACUGUGAUGUGCGCAUGUACAAAAGUCACAUUGCAGGACGUGUGAUGUCACUUAAGGCAGUUAAAUCAAACACAUCAUGUUGCAAAGUUUUGGCAAGAAGUAGUUACCGCAUGGUCUCCAUCCACAUGGUUGGGCACGUGCUUGUAAACGUGAGCACGUGUCGAAAGCUGUGCACCUCAGUCUGGCACAGUUUUGAGCAGAUAUUUCCAGUUACAGUGGAAUUCACGCUUUUAAUCCCAGAAAACCACUCCUUUUUUAUUUACCUUUUAAAAAGGCAUUUAAAUGCCUCAUUAAAGGGCCGAUUACUGUUGUUUUGUUGUUUUCCUCAGGUUUUAAGUGCUCGGCGCUGACUCGGCUCUUAAUCAGUCCAGACGCGAGAUAUGCAUAAAGUACACGUAACCUAUGACGUAGGAUCAAUGCAGAAGUUUAAAAUGGCCUUUAGAAAUGAGUCAACUCAUCAAGGAUCUUUAGCUUCCUACAGCUGAGAAAUUCUAUUAGCUAUCCACUAGUAUCUUUUUCUAAUUUUUCUAUUCCACCUUAAGUGAAGCAGCAUAAAUUGGCCCUUAGAAAUGGGACAACCCAUCAAGGAUCUAAUAAAUUGUCAAAACAACUUAUAUAUAUAACCAGGAAAUAUUAAGUUAUUUUGACAACGCAUUAGAUCCUUGAUUGGUGGAGGUGGAACAGAAAUCUUACCUUGUUAGUCAGCUACUGAGACAUACUAAAGGUACUUGCAGAUUGUUUAUGCUGUUGCUUGUUUUAAAGUAAAGGGCUGUAAUAUAUUGAAACUACUUUAAACUAAGAUAAUGCAAAGAUUAUUGUAAUUAAUUUUAACAAAAAAUUCUACAUUUGUAGUUUUAUGUAGUCACAUGUUUUACAAUAUAGCAAGUGAAUUAGGACAUCCUAACCCUAGGUGUAAUUGUGCAAAAUAGUGGUAUGGGCAAGGUGUGAAAUGGGAUUGGGCCUUAGUCUAGCAAAAUCUAAUUUACCACAUAUCAAAAACACACAGCCGAACCGUUUAGACAGCUGUACGAAUGUUACAGGUAACGUGAAUGAUAAGCAGCGAGACUUAAUCGCCAUUUCCUUCUCCUAAGAUAAUCUUAUUCACUUUUUAAUGUCUUUUUUUUAUGAUUUUAUUUCAAAACAGUGAAUCAUGUUUGCUGAUUACAUGUGUACUGAUCCAGUGCCAAGGUGAUGUUAGCAAUAGCAGCUAACAGAGAUUAUUGUGAGAGAAGAACUGACUUUUGUCACUGGGCAUUUUCACACCUGUAGUUGGUUAGUUUUGCUCUAAAUCAGUUAACGAGUUUAUAAAGUUUGGGCAUUUUAACCUUACUUUGGUUUGUUUUAACACUACAGUGAUAAAUCCAAGUUUGCUAAAAGGCAUCAUAACAAACCAUGUUAAAAAAUGCUCUCUGCUUAUUGGUCAGAGCUGUCUGUGGUAGAGACUUUACAAUAAACCAAAUUUUUAUCGUUAUCUUACAAAAACAUCUCGAAAAAUUGCAUUAUCUGCAUGCACCAACAGAGGGAGCGCUCUCGUGCUGCAGACUGUGAUCACAUGACAUAACCAGGCUGGAGGUAGAGUGAGGUAAAGCUCAAUAGGGCACGCUUACACUGAGGCCUGUCACGAGAAAAGUUUUUAAAUUGCCGAUAAAUUGUCCCUGGAUUUUUCGUCCUGUUUUUAAUCUGCUUAAUAUCCACGCAAAUAAACUCAGCUGCAAUAUUGUGGUCCUCAAAAAUGGUCAGUGUAAUGCUAAUGUAUUGUUUGGUAUGUCUAAUGUAAUUAUCAAGACAUACCUAACUACUACUUGUGAGUGCAUUGAAGCCAAGUGCAGAUAAACAGUUAACUACAUUUAAUCAAUUAAUUUAUUAUGUUUUACAUCAAUAUUGUAAUAUUCAGUAGCAUUAUCACAUAUCCUAUUUUUGGGUGGAGCAAAAAAAGUAAAUACAAUAAGAAGGUCCUGUGUAGGUAUGGCAUUAUUUCAUAGUUUUGUGUAAUGUACAAGCUUGCGUUUAUUUUGGGGCACAUCCAAGUAUGAUUUAAUGUAUUUAGACCUGCCCAAACAAACCGCACACAGCACCAAGAGUGAAAACGAAGCUUAAAAAAAGUCCAGGUGUGAAAAUGCCCUUAGUAUAAACUGAGAGUUUUUUUUUAUUGUUUUUUUUUAUUUUUAUUUUAAAUGAUUUUAUGACUGGCCUAAAGUGCACAACAUGUUUUAAAUGCAUGGAGCUUUUCCAAUUCUAGCCUCUGAGCACGUAUCCUGUACAUCUGCCUGUUACGUUUAUCCAAAUUACUUUUUUAUAAAUCUAUCUUAAAGGGAUAUUUCAGCAUUCUGCGGUUUAAUUAAUUAAUAGUUUAAUAAUUAUUAAUAAUUUUCUUGUUUCAGCCAGAAAGUAAAUGUAGUACAUCAAUUUGCCAUAACAUUAUGACCACCUUGUUUCUAUACUCUUGUCUAUUUGUAUCAGAUCCACUGGUUAGAUGGGAACAUUUUUCUUCAAUACUCAGGACCCCACAGGAUAAACAAACAAAAAAAUACCACAGAGCAGCACAGUAUUUUUUGGGUAUCUCUGUGGUGAUUUUCUAUCCUGUGUGGUUCUGAGUAUUGAAGAACAAGGUGAAAGGAGGAUAAUAAUAAAAUAUACAGGGAAACAGAUACAGAACUACAGUCUGUGACUAUUAUAUAACUGUAAAGAGUCCUAUAUGAUCAGUGGAGUUGAUGUAAAGGACAGUGAGAGUAGAAACUAGGCAGUGGUCUUAAUGCUGUGGCUGAUUAGUGUAUGUGGGUUAUAGUUUUGUGUAUGAGUUGAGGUCACUGACACACCUCUUUUAUUCUUGACAUUUUUUCUUUUUAUUAUUAUUAUUUCAUUUUAAGCUUUUAAGGAAAUGUUUAUCUACCAAAGCACACUUGUGCUGCUGUUCAUAAAAAUCCUGUCUGUCUGAAUUUCAGUUUUUGAUUUAUUGUAAUUUUUUUUUUUUUUGUAUGUUCUCACAAUGCUUGAGAAUGCAGAUCAAUAAUAAAUCCUAAUAUGAUAUCUGCUGUAUCUAAAAAGCACCUAAGGAACAUCUUUGCGGCUAUAAAUCACUUACAGUCCUUGUUUACCUCAUUAUAUCUGCUGAAUUGGGGUGGAGCAUCUUUAACACCGUCACCAAUCAAUAAACUUAACAGGAGUGUGUAAAAAAAA